AUGGUGUCACAUGGGGCCAAACAAAACAAAGCAAACAAUGACUCUACCAAUGAUGACAGCAAAUCUGAUUUGGAAAAUACCAAAUCCAAGGUACUCACUGAGGUAGAGGGGUUGGGUAUAGAUAACGGACAGGCAAAACCAGAUACAGGGAAAAGAGAGACAAUAAGACAGGGUAAUAUGCCAGGAAGUAGGGUAUGUAACAAGGGAGGUAGUAAUAUUGUUGAUAGGGCACACAAAGAAAUUCAAGACACAAGUACAGUGCAACUGAAGCCAAGGACACUGUCAUGUUUAUAUGCCAAAGCAAAUAUUGAUGGAGCAUAUUAUUCACUGCUGGUUGACUCAGGGUCCUCUGUUUCAAUAAUUUCUCACAAGCUGUUUGAACGGUUGGGUCUAGAUGAAAAAAGUUUAAGGGGAACAAGACUCGUCCUACUGGCGGCAAAUGGAAAAAAAUUGGGAAUUAAGGGUGAAGUGAAAUUGGAUUUCACACUCAACAAUAAACAGUUCCAACAUAGGUUUGUAAUAGCUGACAUCAGGGGAAUCACAGGUUUGUUGGGAACAGACUUCCUUGAGCAUUACAAUGGUAUACUGCACGUAGCAAAGAAAAAGCUACAGACCAGCAAGGGGCAGGUGACGUUGGUGAAGCUUGAUGACGUCAGAGAGUGUGCAUGCAUAAGGGUAAAAGAAACUAUUAGGAUACCCCCGGAAUCAGAGCUGGUCAUAGAAGCUAGACUAGAAGGAGAAACCGGAAGUGACUUAGCAUGCAUUCUACCAGGGAAAUUUUCUACUGACCACCAGCUAUUGGUGGCUCAUAGCCUGUUAGAGCAGGGUAAGGCAGAGCUACCCGAACACCUAAAACCACUAGUGGAGAGAUCAUCAGUUGGUCUGGAUGAAGAACAAGCAGACGCACUGACUAAGUUGAUAGCUGAGUUCCAGGACAUAUUUGUUGACACCUCUGGGAAGUUAGGACAAACAGACCUCACAGCUCACCGUAUAGAUACUGAGAGGGCAAAGUCAAUCAAGAUCCCACCAAGGAGAGUACCUUUAGCAAAAAAAGAGGUCAUUGAGGCAGAGCUUGAGAAAAUGCUUGGGGCUGGAGUAAUAGAACCAAGUGAUAGUCCUUGGUCAGCACCCAUAUGUCUGGUGACGAAGAAAGACGGUUCAUGCAGAUUUUGUAUAGACUUUAGGGGAAUAAAUGCAGUCACUAGAAAAGAUGCCUACCCAUUACCAAGGAUAGAUGACACUCUAGACACCUUGGCCGGAGCAAGAUGGUUUUGUACCCUGGAUAUGGCAAGCGGAUAUUGGCAAAUAAAGAUGGACGAAGCAGACAAACACAAAACAGCUUUCUCCACACACCUUGGUUUGUUUGAAUUCAAUGUCAUGCCGUUUGGAUUGGCAAAUGCAGCAGCAACAUUUGAGAGGCUUAUGGAGAUGGUACUUAAAGGAUUAAACUGGAAAAAAUGUCUCUGCUAUUUGGAUGACGUUGUGGUAUUUGGCACAGAUUUCAAGACCACACUGCAAAAUCUGGAGCUUGUAUUUCAACGAUUUAGACAGGCCAACCUGAAGUUAAAGCCAAAGAAGUGUGAACUUUUUCGUAAGGAAAUAGUCUAUCUGGGGCAUAUAGUUUCCGAAGAAGGCAUCCGAUGUGAUCCCACCAAAACCUCUGCAUUCAAGGAAUGGAACAGACCACACAGUGCGACCGAGGUGCGAAGUUUCCUGGGGUUAGUAGGUUACUACAGGAAAUUCAUAGAUAGUUUUGCGCAUAUCGCAAAUCCACUGAUGAAACUACUAAAGAAGAACGUCAAAUUCCAUUGGGACACCAAGUGUGAGGAAGCUUUCAACAAACUUAAGGGCAGCCUACUAACAGCUCCGGUACUGAGUUUUCCGACCAGAGAGGACAGGUUUAUACUAGACACAGAUGCAAGCGCCACAGGGAUUGGGGCCAUAUUGGUACAACUUCAAAAUGGCGAGGAGAAGGUGAUCUGCUAUGCAGCUAAAACCCUGAAUGGAGCACAGCGGAAUUACUGCACGACAAAGAGAGAAUUACUGGCAGUAGUCACCUUUGUCCGGCAUUUCAAAUAUUAUCUGACUGGAAGAAGGUUUACCAUCCGGACAGACCAUGCACCUUUGGUCUGGCUCAAAAACGUUAAAGAACCAGAAGGCAUACUGGCACGCUGGAUCAGUAUACUUGAAACCUUUGAUUUUGAGAUCAUGUACAGAGCUGGUACACAACACCGCAACGCGGAUGCUAUGUCGAGACAGGCUAGCAGAAAAUGUAAAAGAGAUGAUUGUCCUGACUGCUAUGGCGAAAAAAAAGUAUCAAAACCGGAAGUAGCAUCGGAACCGGAAGUAAGACCAACACAGGAAGUGGUAUCCAAACCGGAAGUAUCAUCAACACCGGAAGUAAGACCCACACCGGAAGUGGUAUCCAAACCGGAAGCAGCAUCAGAACCGGAAGUGGUCCACGCACCGGAAGUGUCGUCCAAACAGGAAAUAACAUGUAAACCGGAAGUAAUACACAAACCGGAAGUGAGAUAUGAACAGGAAGGAGAAUCAGACCAGGAAGUUAUCUCUAAAAGCAUCAAUAUACAUCCAAUCAUAACACCUCAACAACAUAAUCCCUUGGAAGGGGAUACAGCUACAAACUGGUUAGAUGUCUGGACUAAGACUCAGUUAACUAGCAUGCAAGAACAGGAUAUUUCCAUUUCGAAAGUAAUAGAGAUUCUCGACAGCGAUUCAGCAAAACCAAACGCCAAGACCAUAAGUAAAUGGAGCAAUGAGGUCAAGACCUUGUAUGCCAUGCGAGACUCACUAGAAAUAAUAGAUGGGUUACUGUACAAGAGAACGGACUCUGAGUUACUCCACAAACAGCUUAUAGCCCCUACAAGAAUACGCCAACAUAUCUUCGAAGAACUACAUAUAAGAAGGACCGCCGGACAUUUCGGAAGGGACAGGUCAUUAGCAGCCAUAAAGAAAAGAUUUUACUGGGUAGGGAUGUCUGAGGAUAUCGCCAGAUGGUGUAAGCAGUGUGACAUAUGCGCCAAGGGUAAACCAGGUCCAGGAUCAGACAAAUCAGCCCUUAGACAAUUUCAUCCCACUAGACCGAUGCAGUACAUGGCUGUGGACAUAUUUGGUGGCCUGCCAGUAUCCAACAGUGGAAAUGCAUACAUAAUAGUAGUUGGGGAUUACUUCACCAAGUUGAAGGAAGCCUUUGCUGUACCGAACCAUACUGCACUCACAGUAGCUGAUAAGCUGGUCACAGAGGUUUUCUGUCGAUUUGGUUGUCCAGAAUUCAUACACACAGACCAAGGAGCAGAGUUUGAGUCAGAACUUUUCCAAACGGUUUGCAGGAAACUGGAAGUAAACAAGACAAGAACAUCUCCUUAUCAUCCACAGUCAGAUGGACUGGUGGAGAGAUUUAACAGGACUAUGAAAAGAAUGCUUGCAACAUUUGCACAUGAAAACAAAGAGGACUGGGAUGAUCAUUUACCUUACCUCAUGCUAGCCUAUAGGUCAUCAGUGCAUAGCAGCACGGGAUACUCCCCGAAUAAACUAAUGCUGGGGAGGGAGGUGAUGCUGCCCAUAGAUCUCAUGGUGGGAUUGCCGCCGGGUGAUGAAGGAAACCCAUGUCCAGUAGCAUAUGUUGAAUGGAUGCAGCAUGCUAUGAACACAGCAUUUGACUCAGCAAAUAACAAUUUAGGUCUAUCUGCUAAAAGACAAAAGAAAUAUUACGACAUAGGCACAAAGGACAAAGAUAUUGAGGUUGGGACCUGGGUAUGGAGGUGGUAUCCUCCAGCAGCAGGGCAAAAGUUAGAAUUGGGUUGGACAGGACCUCACUUGGUGAUAGCUAGGUUAUCAGAAUUAACAUACACCAUCCAGAAAGAUCCAAGGGCUAAGCUAGUAAAUAUCCAUAUAGAUCAGCUGAAAUCAUACUUAGGUAGUAAACCUCCACAAAAUUGGGUCAAGGACUCAGUGCAUGAGUCUGGGGGGAGGCAGUCAGGUUCAUUGGGAUUAGAAGACUCAGCACAUGAGUCUCAGGGUGCAAUGGGUGGCCAUCAAACAGUUGGGUUACCAGUUGUCGGUGAUAAUGGGCAGAACAUGCAAGGGGGUGUGAUAAAUAGACAGAUAGAAGAAAGAAGAACAAGGGGCGGUAGAACAGUAAAACCACCUCAAGUUUACUCACCAUAA